AUGCCUAGCGUUUCCAAAAGCAAGCAGGAUCUGCAGCAGCUGCUGCACUCGCUCGACGAGAACAUCGUCACAUGGACCCCGCUGCUGUCCACACACACGGAUUCAAAUACCCCGACCCUGCGGUCGUCGCAGGUGGCGGACCCGCUCGCUGAGCUGGGCAAGCUUGCCAAGCUGGUCCACGCCCACACAACAAAGGUUGGCAUUGUGUUCAAGCCGCCGAUCUCGCCCGACAACUACCACGCCUGUUUUGUCGAGGUCGAGGCGCUCAUACGCACGCUCGUGCUGCUGGUGAGUCUGUGCUCCCAGCUGGUGGCAGAGAAGAAGAAGUACUCGAAUCUGUACGUGCAGGCGAUCGUGGAGGCCACGCAGAGCCUGCUGGGCUUCUUUAGUGGCCUGAGUAAGGAGCUGGUGGAGAUGCUGGACGCAGAGGACGGCGAGGGCGGCGCAAGACUGGUCUCGGUGGGGAAGAUCUGGGACGUUUGUGACACGUUUGGCGGACUGGUGCAGAACGGGGCCAGCGGCGUGAUCAGAGCCAAGUUCAAGGACUCGGCCGCGCUGAUCGGCGACGGUCUGGAGGAGUACGAGGAGUGGCUCGAGGACCCCAGUGCCGGCAACGGCGACUUUUUCGACCAGAGCGACGAAGAGGAAGACCUUUCAAACCAGGACGACGAGGUGGACCCGCAGCUGGUGGAGUUUGGGAAAAAGUGGGUGCCGAAGCUCAAACUCAUCAAGCUCCUGUUUGCCACCAUGGACAAGAAUAUUGGCAAGACUCGCUACACAGAGAAGGAGUCGUCUCUUCUGGACACGCUCAACAGCAAACGGCUCGAAAUCGGCCAGCUCGUGGACGAAUUCGUGUCUACUAUAAUUUACGAUCUGGACCUGCCAGCAGCGAAGAAGAACGCCAAGGAACUCAUCAGAGUCAGCACAGAGACAGUGCGUUUAGUCUCCGGGCUGGACGCCAAGAAGGCCAAGUGGUUCGAUACUUGGAAACUGAAAUUCCAGGAGAGUAUAUAG